AUGCCUGGUCCUCCAGCUCGAAAGCUCGGGCAAAAGGUAGACAUCGACUUCACGCUUCGGAAAGUGUUUGGCAGAGACAGCUUCAGACCUGUACAGCGCGAAGUUGUGAUCGCAGCCCUUGACGGCCACGAUGUCUUCCUCCAAGCCGCCACCGGUUUUGGCAAGAGUUUGUGCUUCCAACUACCAGCGGUAGUCGAUUAUGGCAUUACGAUUGUCAUCUCUCCUCUGCUGGCACUCAUGAACAAUCAGAUCGCCUCACUGCGAGCAGCUAACAUCCGAGUCGGAACUAUCAACAGCACGACUCCAAUGUCCGCGAAGAACGCCAUCCUGGAUGAUCUCAAGACUGGCCACCCUCUGACUAGGCUUCUCUAUGUCACGCCAGAGUACUGCCAGCUCGACCACUUUCGCAAACACCUUCGGAUUGUCCACCAGCAGAAAGAGCUGGCCAGAAUCGCCGUGGAUGAGGCGCAUUGUAUCUCGGAGUGGGGACACGACUUUCGCCCAAGCUUCAAAGAGCUCAAAUGGUUCAAGGAGGAGUUUUCAGAGGUCCCGAUGAUAUGCUGUACUGCAACUGCCACCAAGCAAGUCCGAGACGAUGUCAUCAAAACGUUGGCCCUCAACCCAGAUACUCUCAAGAGCUACACCAUGACGACCAGCCGGCCCAACUUACACAUCGACAUUCGCUUCACCAGCGACGAUGUCGAUCGCUACGAUGACUUUCUCAAAUGGAUCAAGAACGUGCAUGCACGUAGAGCUGAUAACCCUACGCGCUCGCAGGAACUCAGACAGCGCAAGGAGCGAGUAACGAGCUUUCCUGGCAUCAUCUACACCUGGUAUCGAAAGGAUACGGAAGCGCUUGCCGCACGAUUGCAGUCAGAUGGCAUUGGUGCGAAAGCCUAUCACGCUGGUCUGUCGGUCGAGCAGAAGGAUGAUCAUCUUCACGGUUGGGUGCAGAACAAGGAGGGCUACGAUGUGAUUGUGGCUACUACUGCCUUCGGAAUGGGUAUCGACAAGGACAACGUUCGCUUUGUGGCUCAUUGGCAGAUGCCGAAGUCAUUCGAAGGCUAUUACCAAGAAGCAGGCCGGGCUGGAAGAGAUGGCAAGGCAUCCCUGUGCAUCAUGUACUACAGUCGAGAAGACCGAGAUCGAGCUGCAUUCGUCAUGCGACGAGAAGCUGAGAAGACCUACAACAAGCAGGGCCAGAACCGGGAUGCCCAGAUCCUGCGAGGCAAGAGCCUGCAAGCGCUUAUAGGCUAUUGUGAGAAUGUCAACGGAUGCAGACACAAGUUGAUUGCUAAGUACUUUGGCGAGAAAGAGGCGCCGCCAUGCGAUUAUGCCUGCGAUUGGCAUAAAGAUCCCGUCACCCUAGCACGGAGGAAAGACCAAGACCUUUCGAGCGAAGAGUGGAUUGCGACACAACGGCAGACAGGCACGUACGACUGCGAAGGCUAUGAUUGA